AUGCAUAUCAACAUUGCUGCUCUGGCAGUUGCCGCUACCACCUUUCUCGCUUCGGCCCACGCUCUCUCGCCUCAGGAUGUUCCAGCCGAUCUUCCUGUUUCGAAGCUCUUAACCACGGCGCAGUCGCAUCUGUCCCGUGGCGAGACCAGCGAGGCUCUUGUCUACUACGAUGCUGCCAUCGCCCGUGAUCCGACGAACUAUCUUUCCAUAUUCAAGAGAGCUACCACCUACCUCUCCCUCGGCCGAACCUCGCAGGCAACCGACGAUUUCAACAAGGUGUUGUCACUCAAGCCUGGCUUUGAGGGCGCUCACCUUCAACUCGCGAGGCUUCGCGCCAAGGCAGGAGACUGGGAUGCUGCUAAGAAGCAGUUUGGUCUCGCCGGCAAAGAGCCAAACUCUGCCGAGUUCGUGGAACUCGAAGAAGCCAAGCUGGCUGCUCACAUGGCUGGGAUGGCCGAGAAGGGCAUGAAAUGGGACGAGUGUGCCAGCCAUGCUGGUACCGCCAUUGUCGUCGCAAGCCGAUCGCCCCAUCUGCGUGAGCUCCGUGCCCAUUGUCGCUUUGAGCUUGGUGAUAUAGAGGCGGGUCUCAGCGAUCUGCAGCAUGUCCUUCACAUGAAGCCCGGAGACACCACUCCUCACGUCGUCAUUUCAGCUACUUCAUUCUACGCACUAGGCGACGUGGACAGCGGUAUUGGACAGAUCAAGAAGUGUCUUCAAUCCGACCCGGACUCCAAGAUCUGUAAGAAGCUGCACAAGCAGGAGAAGAAAUUCGAGAAAGCGUACAAGAAAGUUCAGGGACAGCUUAGCCGCGGGCAACCCACUACAGCUGGCAGAUCACUGGUUGGUACUUCCGAAGAGCCUGGCUUAGUGCCUACUGUUCGACAACAGGUGGAAGAGCUUAAGGAAAACAAGAGCAUUCCCAUGACUGCUCGGAUACACCUUCUGGAAAGCCUGGCCGAGCUCACUUGCCAAGCAUACACCGAGUCAAACCACAAAGAGGCCGCCAAGUACUGCGACGAGUCGCUACAACUUAAUCCAGACUCAUUCUGGGGUCUGCUCCACAAGGGCAAGGUUCAACUCAAAGGCGAACUGUUCGAGGCUGCUAUUUCCACCCUCGAGAAGGCCGCUGAGCUUCGCCCCGAACAAAAGGAGAAAGUCAGCCCCAUUCUUCAGAAGGCCCAUAUCGCUCUCAAGCGCAGUAAGACGAAGGAUUACUACAAAGUGCUUGGCGUCGAGAAUGAUGCAGACGAGCGCCAGAUCAAGUCGGCCUACCGCAAACAGUCGAAGAUCUUCCACCCUGACAAGGCUGCUAAGCAGGGUAUUCCUAAGGAAGAGGCUGAGAAGAAGAUGGCUAGCAUCAACGAAGCAUACGAAGUGCUUAGUGAUCCCGAGUUGCGCGCGCGCUUCGACCGUGGUGAUGAUCCUAACUCGCAAGAGAGACAAGGAAAUCCCUUCCAGCAGGGCAACCCCUUCGGUGGUGGUGGUGGACAUCCAUUCAUGUUCCAGCAAGGUGGCGGUGGCCCCAACAUGAAAUUCCAUUUCGGUGGUCAGCAGUUUGGGUUCUAG